UUCAUGCAGCGCUGCAACCUUUGUAUGCACAGCUGUGGACACUGACCCUGUCGAUUUCUGUCCUCGCCGUCCGUAACCCCCAUAGCCUCCGUGCUCCCCACACCUCCCAUGGCGCUUCCGCUCCCAAAGCCCUAGCCUCCGAAUCCUCACCUCCCUCCCGUCCGCCCGCCCGCUCGCGGCCACCGGCUCCCACCUCGCCCGGCCUGCGAGAGCCAGGGCGAGGCCAUGGAACACCACCACAAGCCCGGCCUGCGCGUGCGCCUCCGCAUCACCGCCGCGCGGCGCCGCGCGUGGCUCUCCGCCGGUCUGCGCUCCACCUGCCGCAAGCCGCCGCGCCGCGACCCCUCGGACUCCGUCCACAAGGUCGCGCGCCGCGAGAUCGGCGGCGGCCACCGACGCCCGCCGCGGCCCGCGGCGCCCUCCUCCUCCGCAUUCUCGUGCCCCGAGAAAUUCCGCAACUUCCAGCUCCAGGAAGAAUACGACACCUACGAUGACGAGGUCCAUUUUCUUGUCCAGUUGCCAUUUUUGUGGACCAGAACAAAAAUUAUUGAAAUUGUUGCAGCAAAGGAUGUUAUAUUUGCACUUGCACAAUCAGGUCUAUGCGCUGCAUUUAAUCGAACAACAAACAAACGCAUAUGCUACUUGAAUAUAAGUCCUGAUGAAGUUAUUAGGAGCUUGUUUUACAACAAGAACAACGAGUCACUUAUCACCGUUUCAGUUUAUGAAUCAGACCGUUUCAGUUCAUUGAAGUGCAGAACAACACCUAUAGAGUACAUCAGAAGAGGUCAACUGAAUGAUGGAUUUCCUUUAUUUGAAACUGAAUCACUAAAAUAUCCUGGCUUUGUUGAGUUUGAUGAUGUUAAUGGCAAAGUAUUGACCUUUUCAGCCCAAGAUAGUACUUACAAAGUUUUUGAUCUAAAGAACUACAACUUUCUGUACUCCAUAUGCGACAAGAACAUCCAGGAAAUAAAGAUAAGUCCUGGAAUCAUGCUCGUGAUUUAUCAGAAGACAAACUAUCAUGUUCCACUGACUAUAUUGUCAAUUGAGGAUGGAACUCCACUGAAAACCUUCAAUCAGUUGCUUCAUCGAAAUAGAAAGGUUGAUUUCAUUGAGCAGUUCAAUGAAAAGCUUCUUGUGAAGCAAGACAAGGAAAAUCUCCAGAUUAUCGAUGUUAGGAACUCCGACCUAAUUGAAGUCAACAAAACUGAGUUCAUGACUCCCUCAGCAUUCAUCUUUCUCUACGAAAACAAUCUAUUCCUGACAUUCUGCAAUAGGACAGUUGCAGCCUGGAAUUUUCGUGGAGAGCUAGUUACAUCGUUUGAGGACCAUGAGUUGUGGCAUCCUAACUGCAAUACAAAUAACAUAUACAUCACUGCUGACCAGGACUUGAUUAUCUCAUAUUGCAAAAUUUCAAAGCAGAGCACAGAUUGUGCUGACAGUGAAGCUGGAGAAGUUUCAUCCAUGGGAUCAAUUAACAUGAGCAACAUCUUUACUGGAAAGUGCGUAGCCAAGAUCUCCCCCAGUGACCCUACUCUCACAAUUGCUCCUCGAAAGAGAGGCGGCAACAGCAGAUCUACCAUCCACAGCACUGUCCCGGAAGCUCUUGAGGACAUCACUGCUCUCUUCUACGAUGAGGACCGCAAUGAAAUCUACACUGGAAACAGCAAAGGCUUGGUGCAUGUCUGGUCAAACUAACCUUGACAUCCACCCCCUACCUUGUACAUACCCCUUGCACCUGUACUCGUUUUUCCUUAUAGAACAAAGAUGAAAUUCCUGUCUGAUUAUAGCGGGAGUGUAACUUCCCAGACAUAUAUCAUUGGUAGAAGAAUCUGAUGUAGAAUAUGUUUUUGUGUAAUGUAUCUUGGCGAAAAGGUUUUCACAUAAAGCGGUUUAUUCCAAAAUC